AUGGAGACCUUGGUCGCACGACAACUUGCCGAUUCCAGAAUCAUGACUUCCACCCUCAAGAUGCAGAGCGUCAGCAGCACUUCCAUCAACAUCCCACAACAAAUACCCAUCCACCGCACGAUAUCUGCGCGCAGCACAUCAGAACAAUCGGAGAAAGAAUUACUAAGCAACCCCUUCGAACUACGAGAUGGGAGGAGGUAUCUCAGAAGUGUUCCGUACCCUUUACCAUGCGAUCUCGCGGAGUUGCAACGGCAGAGUCUACGGACGCUGUUGAUGGUGACGCUGUUUGGAGGGCCGUUGUGUUCGCCGCGGUGGCGAAACAACGAGGUCCCGAAGAAAGUUCUUGAAAUCGGGUGUGGGAGUGGAUACUGGAGUGCCAUUUGCCACGAUCGUUUUGCCGAGAGAGGAGCGACGGAUGUGGAGUUUGUUGGGCUGGAUGUUGCUCCUUUGGCGCCAGACCAUCGCAAGCAAGGUGUGAAUUGGAAGUUUGUGCAGCAUGAUAUUCGGAGGCUACCGUAUCCGUUCGAGGACGAACAGUUUGAUUUGGUUAUGGUGAAGGAUAUGUCUUUGUCGAUGCCAUUGAAUCCGCGAAGUGAAAGGAUCUUGGUUGAUGCGAUACGCAUGAUGAAGAAGGGUGGGACUAUCGAGGUGUGGGAUUCUGAUCAUGUGUUGAGGUCGAUGUUGCCGGAUGUGGCGCCGCCACCAUCGAGGACUGGGGAGGAGCAGGAGGUUGCGGAGGAUACUGGGUCGUUUGCACUCCCGCCUGGUCAUCCUUUCACGCCGGCACAGAAUAAGUAUGUCCAGAAGGCGAACCAGUGGAUUACUGAAGCGCUGGACCGGAGAAAACUGCAUCCGACGCCUUGUGUUCGGCUUGCCGAGAUGCUAUCGCAGGAAUCUGGACUCGAGGAUGUCAAGCAGCGUCGUGUGGCCAUUCCGUUAUCGGAACUUCGUUGGGAGAAGAAGGCUGCGCAGGAGAAGCGCAUCAGCAACGGCCAUGAUUCUCUCAUGUCGACGGGAUCGAGAGAGAAAGGUGUUCGCGGUCCUCUCACGCCGGACCAAGCUGCGCUGAGGCACACAGCACUCAUGACGGUACUCCAGAUGAUCGAGAGUAUGGAGCCCAUGUUGAAAGAGGUCAGUGGGAAGACGUCGGAGGAAUGGGCCACGUGGUGGUCGGGCAUGAUGACUGAACUGCUGGAUCCCUCGAAGGCGGCGUUGGCGGGAGAGUGCCUGGAGAUUGGAGCUUGGUGGGCCACAAAGGGUGCCGUGGAGGAUGAGGAUGAUGAUUGA